UGUGCGGGGGAGGUAGAGACAGAGAGGAGGAAGUAGAAAGACUGAAGGAGAGAGAGAGAGAGGGUAAUCGAUUACAGUUUAGGGAAUAAAUGUACAUGUACUUAGUGAAUGAGAGGAUUCUGAUUCUGAAGGAAAGGAGAAGAGAGUGAAAGACUACAUCUGGACCACUGAAGAGGGAGUGGCUUGGAAAUAAGGAGGGUGUGUGGUGUAAGAGAGAGACAGAGAAAAGGAGAGAGAGAAAGAACGAGAGAGAAAGAGAGUGACCCAUUGAUAAGUGGGAGAUUGAAAAAAUAUCAGUCAAAGAAAGAACCAAAAGGCAGAGAAGGAGAGAGGGGAGAAUAGUGACUGUGAGAGCGAGAGAGAGGGAGAAAGAGAAGAGAAAGAAGAGAGAGAGCCCCAACGCGCUGUCCCACCCCUGACCGACUUGCCCUCCUCCUCCUCUGCCCUGAGAAGCAAGUCCCAGAUCGAGAGAGGGAGAAAGAAAAAAAUAAAGGAGUAGAGAGAAGCAGAGAGAGCACCCAGACCAGCACAGGACUCUGGAAUUCAGAAGCGUUUGGAGUAACACACACCCGCCUGCACUAUUUCUGUGGAAAUUUCAAUUGCUCACAGUGGGACUACCAUUGAAAGAGAGUUGAGAAGGAAAAAGAAAGAGAAAGCAAGAAAGACUGUUCUUAUUUACUGUGGACUUUAGUGCUUCACCAUGGCACCUGUCACAUUCAGGCAGACAUGGACCUAAGAGUGCCACAGGACCAGGAGAGCCCAGAUAGAGAUCAUACAAAGGUUGCAGUUCCACUGUGAGGAGCUGUCCCGUCAGAGCUGAAAGUGCACGCGGAAGACAUCCAAAGGGGGGGGGGAACGCCGCACUACGCCGUCCGAGACCAAAGCGAUAACAUCCCGACCUCAGCCUCAGGCUAGUGCAGACCCCGGGACGACAGGAUGAUGACGGUGAUGAUGGUGGGGAUGAUGGCAACGUGUAGCUCCCUGCUCCUCCUGGGGCUGAUGGCCUCCCACGUCUCAUCCAGCGGAAUCCCCAAGACCAGCGCCUCUUCCCCGCCCACAUCUUCCUCACACACCUCCACCUCUUCCUCCCCUCGCAUGAAGCUCUCCUACAAAGAGCUGCAGCAGUUUCAUGGCGUUCGGCGGUACGAGCUGGAUCGGUCGUGCUGUUUCAGCGCCCUGUUAUUGGACGAGGAAAGGGGGCGGCUUUUUGUAGGCUCACGCAACUUCCUGUUGUCACUCAGCCUGGACAACAUUGCAAAGCAGGAGCACAAGAUCUACUGGCCGGCCCCGGUAGAUUGGAGGGAGGAGUGUAACUGGGCAGGAAAGGACAUCAAUACAGACUGUGUGAACUACGUCAAACUAGUUCACCACUAUAACCGAACCCAUCUGUACGCCUGUGGAACUGGGGCUUUCCACCCCACAUGCGCCUUCGUCGAGGUGGGACAGAAGAUGGAGGACCAUGUGUUCAGGAUUGACCCAUCUAAGGUGGAGGAUGGGAAAGGGAAGAGUCCCUAUGAUCCCCGGCACCCUGCAGCGUCAGUGCUGAUAGGUGACGAGCUGUAUGCAGGCGUGGCCACUGACCUCAUGGGUAGAGACUUCACCAUCUUCCGCAGUCUUGGGGGACGGCCAUCCAUCCGCACUGAGCAACAUGACUCACGCUGGCUCAACGAGCCUAAGUUUGUGGGUUCAUUCUGGGUGCCAGAGAGUGAGAACCCAGAUGAUGACAAGAUCUUCUUCUUCUUCCGGGAGACGGCAGUGGAGGCCCAGGGUCUGGGGAAGACCACCUACUCCCGUAUCGGACAGCUCUGUAGGAAUGAUAUGGGUGGCCAGCGUAGUCUUGUCAACAAGUGGACCACCUUCCUGAAGACUCGUCUCAUCUGUUCUGUCCCGGGUAGUGAUGGCAGUGACACCUACUUCGACGAGCUCCGGGAUGUGUUCCUGCUGCAGACCAGGGACAGAAAGAACCCUCUGGUCUACACUGUCUUUUCUACCUCAAGCAGCGUAUUCAAGGGAUCAGCCGUGUGUAUCUACACAAUGAAUGACAUCCGCCGGGCUUUCUUGGGGCCUUUUGCUCACAAAGAGGGGCCGAACUACCAGUGGGUCCCCUUCCAGGGCAAAGUCCCAUACCCACGGCCUGGCAUGUGCCCCAGCAAGACGUUUGGCAGCUUCGAGUCCACCAAGGGCUUCCCUGACGACGUGAUCCAGUUUGCGCGUCACCACCCUCUGAUGUUUAACCCUGUGUACCCCCUGAACCGGCGGCCUGUUUUCCUGAGGACCAACGUAGACUACAGCUUCACCCAGAUUGCUGUCGACAGGGUGGGCGCCGCAGACGGGCAGUAUGAUGUCAUGUUCAUUGGCACAGACAAAGGAACGGUGCUGAAGGUGAUCUCUGUACCGAAAGAGAGCUGGAACAACAUGGAGGACCUGCUACUGGAGGAGCUGGAGGUGUUCAAGGAUGCGUCAUCCAUUAUCAACAUGCAGAUCUCCUCAAAGCGGCAACAGCUCUAUGUGGGUUCAGACACGGGGCUGGCUCAGGUUCCUCUGCACCGCUGCAGUAUCUAUGGGAAGGCCUGUGCUGAGUGCUGCCUGGCCAGAGACCCGUACUGUGCCUGGGACGGUACCUCCUGCACCCGCUACCUACCCAAUACCAAACGGCGUUUCCGGCGUCAGGACGUGAGGAACGGGGAUCCAAACACCCUGUGUUCCGGAGACCACCACAAGCACCGUGUGGCAGAGCGGAAGCUGUACGGGGUGGAAGGUAGCAGCACCUUCCUGGAGUGUAUCCCCAAAUCCCUACAGGCCAGAGUGACCUGGACCUUCCAGAAACAUCCACAUAACCCCCGGGAACAGUUGCGUCUGGACGACCGCGUGCUGCAGACGGAGCGAGGGCUGCUGAUGCGAAGGGUUCUGAAGCGCGACGCCGGCCUAUACCAGUGCCACUCUAUGGAGCACGGGUUCACCCAGACCCUGCUAGGCAUCACCUUGGAGGUGGUGCCUUCCACCUCCCCCUCCCUGCCCGCCGACUCUCCCCUUCGACUGGACCCGCGAAGUGGCGGCACCGCCCUGCCCUCCAACAAUCAGAAGCUGUGGUACCGUGACUUCAUGCAGCUGGUGGACCACCCCAACCUGAGCACUGUGGACCAGAUCUGUGAGCAGGUGUGGGAGCGCAAGAACGCCCAGUCGGACAAGAGCUUCCAGGCUUCCCCUCCCAAACCGGCCCACGGCCCCCUGGUCCGGCCCCCUGCUAAGAACUGGAAGCAUCUGCAGGACACUCGCAAGGGGAGGAACCGCCGCACCCAUGACGGGAAACCCUCCCCUCGAGCACCCCGUAGUGCAGUGGAGUAAAGCCCGGCAGAGAGAAGAGUGGGAGAAGAAAAGACUGGUACUGAAAGAGAGAUGGUGAAAGAGGGGAGGAAAGAGAGGAGGAAAAGAGUGAGACUGAUAGAGACCAUGGACUUCUGGAGGUGGUCAACCAAACACACACACACACACAUAGAGCACCUCCUUUGUGAAUAUUUCCUUUCCAUCACCCCACUAUCUACUGCCCCAUGAUGCUUCAUUCUACCGUGACCCCCUGACCCCGACCCCUUGCUUGUAUUGGCCCUUAUUAUUACUACCUGUCAUCAUUCUAUCUGCCUUAGCUUUUAAUCAGUCUGUAGGCACUCUCCUGGAGAACUUACCACUGCAAACGCACGGAACCCACUGGAAUACCCACAUUUAAUCUGCCAACUGGAAUACAACAGACUUCUAACUUGAAUAUUAGAAUGGGAAAACAUGCAGAAACGUACAACCUGAAAUUACUAUAACUUUGACGAUGAAACGGAUGACAGAUUCUGGGACAGACAAAAAACAAUAAAAUCCAGACGGAAUCCUGAAAACGUCCAAAUGCACAUUGACGAACGGAAAUAUAAUCACAUUUCACGUUUUUACAGACAGCUUAGUUUUGAACAUGUGCUUUGAGAUAGGCUUUAACCUACUUAUUUCUUUGCUUAUUUUUUUUCAAAUCACUACAGAAAAUAGUAAGCACUAACAUCAUUCCAGUGUAUAGAAAGAGUUCUCAAUAUGAGGUGAGAUUCUGAUGCAGAGAGAGCGAUAGUGUACAAGAGUAAUACCAUAGUUCCAUUGUGAUUUUUGUUUUACAAAAUGGCUGACACAGUAGAGGAAGGGCAAGAUAUUUUACAUCUGCGCUAUUCAACUCUGGUCCUGAAAGCCCAGAAAACAUCCACCGUUCAACCUGUCCUUCUAAAAAGGGACUGAUUUAGGCUUGAGACACCAGGUGAGCUCACACUAGGAGUGGAGUUGAAUAGACCUAUUUUACAUCUAUGUUUAUCGGGUGACGAGAAAGAUGUUUUUCGUCUUUUAUUUGGACUUUUAUUUAAAUGAUUUGUAUGUGUUUUCUGACUUUAAUGACGUGUGAGAUGGUACAGGGGACAGACUGGGCAACGUCAGUGGGGGGUGCUCUGCCAACCAAUAGGGGACUCUGAAAACCACAACCCCAUUUUGACUUUGAGAUAAAAGCAUGAUAUUUAUGUAUGAAUACAUCUUGAUUUUUAUUAUAAACGGUAACUACUUUGUUCUUUUACACUGCGUAGUGAGGGGUGGCUGGGUGUUUGUGUGCGUUUGUGAGAGAGAGUGACUGUGUGUGUGUGUGUGUGUGUGUGUGUGUGUGUGUGUAGUUAGCAAGAAAGUAGAAGUCUUUCAGUUAAAAAUUCCCUGCUAUUAAAUAUUUCCAUUACACCCUAAGCACAUGAACAAUAAUUAUUCAAAAUGACAGUUUUAGUUGAAUUCAGAAACAAUAAUCAGGCACAAUAAAGUAAGUAGAGACAUUAAGGAUUUACCUCCUUCCCUGUUGCCUCUGUGUUUUAACUAUACGGUACCUUGUAUUGACUUGUGUUCGCUACACCCAUUGUUUGUCCUCUGUGAAACGAUGUGAGUAGAUCGCCCCCUUGUGUUGUUUCUCUGUAAAGUCCUGGCCGGGUCCACAGACCCUCUGUGGUACCACUCCUUCAUUGAUAGUCUGUGGUGAAAGAAAUGGCUUUGUAAAAUAAAACCUGCUUUUACGUUUUCUCAUUUUACCAGUGGAAUCUACAAGAGAUUUAGAUGUAUGGAAUCCUGUCUUAUUUAUUACUGCUUUAUAAAGAUGUAAUUAUUAACUCUUGAAUGACCGAGGCCAAUAAGUUAAGUAGGCUGUAGUUUUGUGCUCUUUAAUUGCAUGACCAAGGUUAGUGGCUAGGCGGUUGAAAUAGAGACUUAGGCUGUGAGCCUAAAAGGCACACUACUCCCUAUAGUGCACUUGUUUUGACCCUAGAGACAAAAGGUACUUGGAGGAUCCUUUAGAGGUUCUUCAUUGUAACUGUGGGGGAACCUUUAGAAGUUCCUCAAAAGAAAUAUAAAUGGGUAUUUCAAAUAACUCCUCCCCAAAGAACCAUUUCGAAGAACCCACCCCCAAAAGAAUCCACCCCAAAAGUAUUUUUCAAAGAUUAUUCAAGAAUCAAUUUAUAUGGACUUUAGAAGAACCCUUUCAAAGAGUCCAUCUCUUAUGCAAUUUCAAUGUGAAGAAACCCUAAAAGAAACUCCAGGAACCUUUUGUUUUAGAUUGUAGUGCACUUUUAAAGGGGAUAGAGUGUGAUUCAGGACGCAGAUUUUGAGAAGAGAAACUGACUUGAGAAAGCACAACGUUCAAUAUGGUUAUCCCUUGUAUUUAUGUGUGCAGAUAAGCUAAUAUGUUGUGGUGGAUUUUUCCUUUUCAUGUAAAGAGUUACAGUUGUACCAUUAUACAUUAUCCAAUGGCCGAUCCUUUCUAUUCCAGGCUCUGUGACGUACCCCAACACUACAACUGGGAGGAAAAGUGUGUGUGUGUGCGCGUGUCUGUGUGUGCGCGUGUCUGUGCGUGUGCAUGUGCGUGCGUGUGUGUACGUUUUGGAAAGGAUAGCUUUGUACAUAUUGGCUAACGUGUAGUGGUGGUCUGUGGAGACGGUUCGAAGUUAGAUGGCCAAAGUUGACAAGGUGCACUGUAUUACUUCCAGAGCUCAUUGUGGAUUGUUGUCCAAAUGUUUUUGAUUAACACAAUAAAAUACCCAUUUGCUUUA